CAUUUUUCCCUCCCUUUUCUCCCCCAUUGUCUAAACCCUAAUCUCUCUCUCUCUCUCUCUCUCUCUCUCAAGUUAGCAUUGCCCCUCACAAUUCAGCGUACGUUAACCCCUUCUAAUCAAUGACAAUCACUCUACCCUCAUCAACACCCGUGCAAUCGGGUCGAAUUCGGGUCCUCAAGAAAGGAUCCGAUCACCUUGUGGGGCCUGUUGUUUACUGGAUGUUCAGGGAUCAAAGAUUGAAAGACAAUUGGGCUUUGAUACACGCUGUUGAUCAAGCCAAUAAGGCCAAUGUUCCGAUAGCGAUAGCAUUUAACUUGUUUGAUCAGUUCUUGGGAGCCAAAGCUAGGCAAUUGGGGUUUAUGUUGAGGGGUUUGGAGAAAUUGUGUGGAGAAAUUGAGGAAACUCUUCGUGUUCCGUUUUUCUUGUUUCAGGGUGAAGCUGUAGAGACGAUUCCUAAAUUUUUAAGAGAAAGUGGGGCUUCACUUUUGGUUACUGAUUUUUCCCCAUUGAGGCAAGUGAGGAGUUGGAAAGAGGAUAUUUGCAAGAGGGUGAGUGAUUCAGUGUCGAUCCAUGAAGUUGAUGCUCACAAUAUAGUACCACUAUGGGUGGCGUCGGAUAAAUUGGAAUAUGGUGCUAGGACUAUAAGGGGAAAGAUAACUAAAUUGCUCCCUCAAUAUCUGAUUGAUUUUCCAACUCUUGGACCUCCUAAUGAAAAUUGGGUUGGCUCAACUCCGUCAGUAGAUUGGGAGAAUCUUAUUUCAGAUGUUGUGAGUAAAGGGGCUGAAGUUCCUGAAAUCGGUUGGUGUGAACCAGGAGAACACGCUGCCCUGGAAGCAUUAAAGGGGACCACAAACGGGUUCUUAACAACUAGAUUGAAAAACUAUUCUUCAGAUCGCAAUAACCCUUUAAAGCCCAAAGGACUCUCUGGUCUUUCUCCAUAUUUGCAUUUUGGACAGAUAGCAGCACAGAGGUGUGCCUUUGAGGCAAAUAAAGUAAGGAAGGUUUUUCCCCAGGCGGUUGAUUCAUUCUUGGAGGAGUUAAUUGUACGGAGGGAACUUGCUGAUAACUUUUGCUUCUACCAACCUAAAUAUGAUUCGAUUGAAGGGGCUUGGGAAUGGGCUCGUAAGACCCUGAUGGAUCAUACAUCAGAUAAACGUGAACACAUAUACACGAAAGAGCAAUUGGAGAAGGCGCAGACAGCAGAUCCUCUUUGGAAUGCUUCUCAGUUGGAGAUGGUUCACUAUGGAAAGAUGCAUGGUUUCAUGCGGAUGUAUUGGGCAAAAAAGAUUCUCGAGUGGACUGCUGGCCCUAUAGAAGCUCUAGCUAUAUCAAUAUAUUUGAAUGACAAGUAUGAACUUGAUGGGAGAGAUCCAAGCGGAUACGUUGGAUGUAUGUGGUCAAUCUGUGGAAUACAUGAUCAGGGUUGGAAAGAGCGCCCUGUAUUUGGGAAGAUUCGGUACAUGAACUAUGCAGGAUGCAAAAGGAAAUUCGAUGUUGAUGGGUACAUUGCUUACGUUAAGCGUCUGGUUGGUGAUAUCAAGAAAAGGAAAGGAGAAGAUUUGCUAAAUGAGAAGGCAAAGGAACUCCGCGGGCAAUAACCUUCUUUAAAACUUACAUAAAACCAUUUUUAUAGUGUUGGCUAAAAGACUAAAACUUCAGUUACCUGAAAUAUUCUGAACACUGGGGGUGUUUAAGUCGUAAUUGUAUGUUUUUGUGAAGUUUUCUCCAAGACAAAAUUCAACUGUAUUCACAAAUGUAUAAUUUCUAAAGAUUAUAUGAACCCAGGACAAUGGUCUUUCACAGGCCUAAGAAACAACCCCUACAUAAUUAUUGUGGGUAUUAUGAAUUGCGAUGUAAAUUAAAUUCCACAUUUUGACGUCAUUACUCAGUGCAAUUUAAUGAAAAGUCAUUUUUUUAAA